AGAUGACUUAAACACUGCGUCAUUUUCUACCAGUAAAUGUGGGACGUGGCUCAAUAUUACUGUAGCUUGAUGACAAGAAAGAUAACAGAGAAAGGUAACGGUCAGACGUUGCGCGACUAAGUUCUGACACAGAUUAUCAGGAUCGACAGAGACUCAAAGACACAAUGGCAUCAUCAGUCCCUUUAUCCAAGGCUUGCACCACCUUCUGUCUGGCUAUGCAGAAAAAGCUGAGUGAGGAGGACAACACUGCAAAUAUCUUCUUCUCCCCGAUCAGCAUCUCUUCAGCCCUGGCUAUGGUGAUGCUGGGGGCGCAGGGCAACACGGCCACACAGAUGUCAGAGGUCCUCGGCUUCACUGAGGUAGGAGAACCAAAGCCGGAAGAAGCAAAACCGAUAGAAACACAGCCAGAGACGCAGUCAUCGAUGGUGACGCCGAUCCAGACGCUGAUGCAGACGCGGAUGCAGACACGGAUGCAAAUGCAGACGCAGACACAGCAGCAAACCAGACUUCCAAGCUAUCUGCGCAAGUGUCUGAAACCUGAGGCUGGUGAGGAUGAUGUUCACGCCGCGUUUGCCAAACUACUAACUGAGCUGAAUAAGGCUGAUGCUCCGUAUUCCCUCAGUCUUGCCAACAGACUUUACGGGGAACAGUCCUAUGAGUUUGUCAAGGAAUUUUUAAAUAACACCAAAAAGUACUACAAGGCUGAGCUCGAGUCUGUGGACUUUAAAGGCAAUCCAGAGAAGGCCAGGGUCCACAUUAACAGCUGGGUGGAGAAGCAGACAAAAGAGAAGAUCAAGAACUUGCUCGAUCAGGACGCAGUGAAUGGCCUGACGAAGAUGGUUCUCGUGAGCGCCAUUUACUUCAAAGGCAAAUGGAACAAGCAGUUUGAGAAGGAGAGGACUGUUGAUGUGCAGUUUCGAUUGAACAAGAAAGUCACUAAGCCAGUGAAGAUGAUGCACCAGACAAGUAAAUUUGCAUUUGCAUCCAUUCCUGAGGCCAGCUGCAAGAUUCUAGAGAUGCCCUAUAAAGGAAACGACCUCAGCAUGCUCAUAUUCCUGCCUGAUGACAUUGAGGACGAUACAACAGGCCUGCAAAAACUGCAGAAGCUGCUGACCUAUCAGAACUUCGUGGACUGGACGCAUCCAGAUAAGAUGAGGCAAACUGAAGUUGAAGUGCAGCUCCCUCGAUUCAAGAUGGAGGAGAAAUACGACUUGAAAAAGCUCCUGAAAAGCAUGGGAAUGGAGGACGCGUUUGAUAGCAGCAAGAGUAACUUCUCUGGAAUGUCUCCAGCAAAUGAUCUGAUCGUGUCCAAAGUUGUCCACAAGGCUUUUGUGGAUGUAAAUGAAGAAGGAACUGAGGCUGCUGCUGCCACUGGGGUUGUCAUGGAGACACGCUCUAUAACGAUUCCUGUUGAGUUCAUUGCUGACCACCCCUUCCUUUUCUUCAUCAGGCAUAACACCACUAAGAAUAUUCUCUUUGUGGGACGGUUCUGUUCCCCCAAGUAAACACUAUUUGACACUGACAUGAAUGACUUAUAAGACAUAUAUAUAAAAGAUUUUGUAAGGUAAGCCUAGCUUACACAAAUGGAUUAAAGAAGUUUUGUUAAAACACCAA